AUGCCCUCUGUCUUGCGGUCUUUCUCCGUCCUUUUGCUUGGCAUUCAGUUGGCCUUCGCAUACAAUUUCCCAUAUGAGAGCGUACAGCUGAAAGAGUCCGAGGUUGCUAACAAUUCCGACAUGUCUUUCGGCAAGCUCCCCGGCGGCAUCAAAGCAAAAUGCAAGACGUUCCCUGGAGACGCGAGUUGGCCUUCAGACGAGCGAUGGGGCGCCUUCAAUGUGAGCUUGGGCGGAGCACUAAUCAAAGGCAUUCCGCCUGCAGCGGCCUGCUACGACGGGCCUUAUAAGGAUGCAGCUAGAUGUUCAGACAUCCAGCGCGGUGCGAGCAAUGCGGUUUAUGUUGGGAACGAUCCACUGAUUCCGUUCGGGCAGUGGGCGCUUGGAAAUCCUUGCCCAGUGCCCAUGCCCUCCUUCCCUGGCUCACCCAACAAUACAACCCCACAGUUCACUUGCAAUAUCACGAGUUUUCCGGCCUAUGUGGUGAACGCGACUACGGUCAAGCAUGUCCAGCUGGCCGUCAACUUUGCCAGAAACAACAACAUACGAGUGACAAUAAAGAACACCGGCCAUGACUUCCUUGGCAGAGGCACAGGCGGAGGCGCUCUUCAAGUAUGGGUUCACCCCUUCAAAGACUUCGAAUACCUUCCCUCCGUGCAAAUUGCAGACUAUGAAGGUCAAGCUGCAAGAGUCGGAGCCGCACUGCAACAAUACGAGCUCUUUCCGUAUAUGGAGGAGUCCAACAUCACCUUGUUGGCCCCAGGCUCCCCGACCGUUGGCGCAUACGGCGGCUUCAUGCAGGGAGGAGGCUUCUCGUACAUAACGUCGAAGUUCGGACUCAUGGCCGAUCAGAUACUCUCCUUGGAAGUCGUCACAGCGGACGGGAGAUUCGUGCACGCAGACCCGACGGAGAACGAAGACCUGUUCUGGGCAAUUCGCGGAGGAGGACCUAGCAACUACGGCAUCGUCACCUCUGCCGUCGUAAAAGCGUACCCGCCUAUCAGCGUUGCCACAUCAUCCCUCGGCUUCCAGACCGGCCCCGUUCUCGGCAACGGCACUACCAGUCCCCAAGUCUCCAACGCCACGUUCUGGAAAGGCGUUAGCGUCUACUUCUCGCACCUCGUCCGGGUCAACGACGCCAAAGGCAUCGGCUGGAACAAUGUCAACACGCAAGCCCCCAUGCCCCUCUUCAACAGAACCGAGCGCACCUUCUCCUUCACCGGCGACUUCCGCAUCCCCGGCAUCUCCGCCGCAGAAAUGAAGACCUUCACCGCCCCCAUCAUCCAGGACUUCAACGCAGCCGGCAUCAACCUCACCAACCCAGACCCCGCCUUCUACGAGACCUACGCGAAAUACGGCUCCCGCAACAGUCCCAGCGGCGGCGUCGGCAACCGCCGCUUCGCCUCGCGCCUCUUCCCACGCGCCGCCUUCGUCGACCCGCUCUCCGCAGCCUUCAACGCCACCAUGGCCGCCGUCCGCGCCUUCGUCGAAGAAGGCGGCUACUCGCUGCACAGCGUCGACUACCACGCCUCGCUCGCCACAGCGGGGUACCCGGGCGCCAACUCCGCGGUGAACCCGCACCUGCGCGCCGCCAUCAUGCACGCGACAGGCUUCGACACGAGCUCGUACGGGCCCGAGACGACGCCCGAGCAGCAGAUCAGCAGCCAUGCGCGGUUGAACGCGUAUGCGAAUAAGCUAAGGGAAGCGAGCCCCGGGAGUGGCGCGUAUAUGAAUGAGGCUGAUACCGAGGAGCCGGAUUUUCAGGAGAGCUUUUAUGGCGCGAAUUAUGGGAGGUUGUUGCGGAUUAAGAAGGGCGUGGAUCCGUGGGGCGUGUUUUAUGCGGUUACGGCGGUGGGGAGUGAGGAGUGGGUGGUUGAGGGGACGCAGGGGCUGCCGACGCAGCAGGGGAGGUUGUGUAGGGUGGAUGGGUAG